AGGCCGUGGUUGAGCUUGGGGUAGACGUUGUAAUACUUAUGUAAGUAGUACUAGUAGCCGAAGUAGACGUUGGUGUAGAAAAAGUCAAUACUACGCGAUAUAGAUAUUUCGGCGACGCGGUCGGCCGAGGACGACGAGGUCGGUAGACGGAGUUUGUAGCUUGGACCUCGAUCUCGCCAACAAGGAAAGCAGGCACGGGUGACAGUGAAAACCUACAACACUAGCAAUGAGACACACCGUUCUUCUCUCGUACUAGUGCUCAAUCAAACAAUGGCAAUGGCUGAGUGUGGUAGGGAGAGCUAGUUGUACGAGGUUGUUGUGCCGAUCUUCUUCGUAGUCCGACGCGAAGCACCAUCACUGCUAGAUUGUUGCAGGAGCUGCUAUCACAGACGCGUUUCUUGCUCCAGCCGUCGCUUGCCGCAACGGCUUUGCUUUUAUCAAUAUCAGCGUGCUCGCCUGCUUCUGCUUCUUGAACGCUCAUUUGCCCAGCAUGGGUACACAACCAACGAACCAGUGAGCAAGAAUUUCACUGUGCCACGUUCGUGGAUCCUUUCCGGAAAAGUGCAUACGACAGGAGGAACAAGGAGAAGAAGAAAUACAAAAGAACUUCAUCAACUCACAAAGAUCUGAAGCACCAGGACCGACGAGUUGGAGCAUCCGCUGCCCCGCUUCCUUUCUCAGCUUCGGUUUCGCUUGGGCUCCUCCGUUUCUAGAUCCUCUAGUCGAUCUUGAGACGUUAAGGAGUUGUUCUUCGGCAGCUGACGACAAGUAAAAAUGGUCUCUGAGAAGAACAAGAAACCUGCCAACGCUCACAAUAGCUCCUAGGCGUGAGGUUGACGAAGCUUGUCAAAAUAGCUCCUAGGCGCGAGGAGGACGUACUUACUUCGUUGGGUUCUCAGCGUUGCCGAAUAGGUUGACUACAACGCGUAUAAAUAUCCUAGCUUUACGUUGCAAGCUAGCGAACAUGAGGAACGCAAACCUGUGGAAUACGAUAACGUGUAGCCGGAUCCUGGGCAAAUUUACGGCUUGCCCUCAUUCAUCUUGGGAAGGAGCAUUAUCUGUAGACUCGUACUCGUUACUAAUUUCUGUACACAGUAUUUUUAACUUUAUGAUAACCGAUAACAGUAGGGGAAAUACCAAGACCAACGUCGAACUCGAAGAUGACUGCAACUGCUCUUCAGAUGAAAAGAUGAAUUGUUUGGGCAAGCACUAAGAAAUAUGAGGAUCAAAAAAGGCACGACAGGCAUCUCAGGGAGCUUGCCACGAUGAAGGUAGUUCUUGUUUUUUGUUAGUUUCGACACAGUAGAAAGUCUUACUUUGUUUGGUCUUGUUCAUGAUUAUAUUUUAAUAUCUGGAUCAUUAAAAAUCAUUUAGACUUUUACUUUUUCGACGAUGAACAUGAAGAUAUUAAAGCUGCCUACUUUAUGUACCACUCCUCCCAACAGCCGUGUGUCGACACUACGGAACCGAAGAAAUUCGCAUUUUUGAAGUACAGGACAAACACAAGGGAACUACAGCGCAACAGAGCAAACGAAAUACAACUCGAGAAUCGAUUGCUGCUUCAGAAAAUGCUCGAAAUAGAUGCGAGGUAAAUCACAUACACUUAUAAAUAUAUCGAUGCAUUCGCUUUUCUCUUCGAACGAUUAAAACUGUUCCGGUAUCAGUGCUAGAGGACAUAGAAGAUACAAGAACAACUGCUCAUGAUAAAUACUACAACAUGGUUCGUUCGCUUCUAUCUCGCUCAAAACAUUGACCACUUCUCAUCAACUGCACCAUAUGCAGCAAAUACCGCAAUUUAUUCAACAUGAUCAACACAGAAUGAAAGUAUAUCUGCACCACCAUCAGAUAGACGCCACAUGUAGAGCAGGUAAAGCAGAGAAAUGUAUAAAAACUAUCAAUUUACAUAUCUACAGGCCGCCGAUGGCGAAACAGCCGAUAAAAGCAGAGAAGUCUCUGCACGCGCAGAUACAGACGCGAGAACUGGAUAGGAUAACGAUGGAGAAUAGGCUACUUCUUUUACGGUGAAAUCAAAUGAAAAGUCAUUAUCUCGUGCAGACUAUCUUGUUGUAUCUGAGUGCGGUCCCCCUUGAUUUCAAAAAGAAAUCAAGGGGAAAGAAAGAAAUACAGGAACUCACUCAGCCUUCAUGGAUAAGCUACUAGUUUUUCGGCGACGAGAAAGGUGGAGGCCGAGUGAGUUCCGUAAUUCUCUCGGCGACUAGAGUGUAAUCCUCUCGGUAGGUCCCCUUGGUUUGUUUUUGAAAUCUGACUCUAAUUCUUCGGCGACUAGAAAGGUGUAAAGGCACAGUAGACGAUCCAGAUUUCUUGCGGAAAAAGGAGAGGAAAAGGCAAAUGCUUCUCCGAGAAAUGGGAGAGAAUAGGUAUCUUCUAGUUCUAAAUUAUUGUCAUUGGUUCAUUUGUCGAAGUGUUGUAAGAAGCACUUAACUUUCAUCUUGGACUGGCCACGCAGCUGCAGAAGAAAAGUUAGAAUAAACAGACGAAGGACAAGGACAAGGAGAUGAAGACUAUGUUGUGAAUAUUGAUAAUUUCAUCUACUUACAUUAAUUUCUCGAUCUAACUAAACUCAAUAACUACAACAGGAACAGGCACAGGCACAGGCUGACAAUUGAGUGAAUAGAAUCGUCAAGGCUAACAUGAUCUUCAUGAUUCAUCUUUUUGUCAUGUACCCCCAGCAUGCCCACUUUAAAUACGCAAUGUUUACAUGCAUACAGUAAUCGCUAUCGAAGAGACAUCCAGCUCCGUUUGCCGCCAACGCCCAGAGAUCGGACAGUCCUUAGGGAUUACAUUGACACGCCGCCGCGUGCGAUAGACGAGGCGAUCGCCCAUCGGUUCGAGCAGUUCAAGCGGAACUAUACGGAGCAUAUGCAAAAUGUACUAUCUAAGUACUAAAGUAUGUAAGAAGAUUUUUUUAGCUUGUUUCUGUUGUUACGUCGGUUGGCUGUAUCGGAUCGAUGGAAUUUCGUCGUGAACAUCAACUUUAUUUUUAACAUUCAUCAUCUACUAGUAAUACAAAUACUAAAACAAGUGACUUCAUCCCCCGCAUCGAAAUCAAAAUCCACCAGCAUAUGUUCCUGCCGGACGAGCCGAACAAGCUCGACCAGCCAAGUCGAAUUACGGAAUCAAGUGCGAAUAAAUUGAUGGAAAAUAUCCAACGACCGCCAAUCGGCAGUACGACCAUAUAGCAGAGGGUUGUGGGAAUAACAAGUUUUUGACCUCGGUCGACGAUCGUUCGAUCCCACUAUUCGUAUUCCCAUUCCAUUGAAUAAAGCAUCAAGCAUGAACAUGUAUUCAAGAUCAAUCCUAAAAAACAAAAACAAAUCUGAUUACUACACUGACUAUUCCUAUUCCAACAUUUUUCAAGUAAAUGCGAAACGGGGACUCCUCCAGUUGCUCGUUUACGUGUCAAGUUCUCGAAGCCUCCUAUUCCACCUUUGUGAUGAUGUAUUCCUUUGUGAUGGUUUUCAGCACAUGAUAAAAGUUGCUACGUUUCUAAGUCUAGUAUUCCGCCGCUCUUCAACACCAACAUCUAAAUCUAUGCUCAGCGCAUUCUAGAAACCCAAAUCAGGUUAUUGACACAGAAUGUACAUCAUUUUUUGCGGGUACCAUUACCAUCCUCACUUCUUCUAGAAUAUCUACUCCGAACAAAAAGGUGAGGCCUCACAAGUUAGGGAACUACAGCCUAAAACAGCAGUCAAGAAAAACGUACCUCUAUUAGCCAAGUAAGUUGACCACCAUGACCAACCCAUAUAAUAAAACGCAUGAUAAACAACACUAACAAGACAAUCAAAACUACAACAACUACCUUCACAUUCAUCAAGAUUGCCAUUGCGAUUGUCUCUGCACGUAAUAUUAACAUUAAGCGUAAAGACCGUCAUUUUUAACACUAGCUGCUCCGUCAUGAAUGAACCCAAAAUUAAAUACAACCGUCACCGUCAUCAAUAGGAAUAUUGUUAUCGAUAGCUACAGUGACAGACGCAGACCGCUAUCAAGAGAGUUUACGGAUUUGACGUCUGGAUCCCCCGUUAUUAUAAUGGAGAUGGCAGUUUAUUAUCGAGGAUUUGAAGUCGCGAACAAAAUGACAACCAACAGGCAUGAGUUUCCACUCAUUCUGUUUCUGUUACCCCCUCCAUAAUAUUUGCGAUUUUACUGAGGCUGAGUAGGUCAAGGUCGGCAACAAUUUCUGCCAGAUAAAGUCGUCGUGUAAGCAGAAUAGAACAAGUCCGAGAGCAGCAAAAUGCGGAGCUGUUAGUAAGUAAUAGUGACAGAGAUCGUUCUCGUUGAUACACAUCCGCUUCAACGGCACCUGCUAAUCCAUCAAGCAGGCAGACAACAGCAUAAUGCACACGACGAGAAAGACGGCCACUUGUCGCUAUUUUUGGUAAAUGCACUCCUGAAAUGAAGACUUAUCUGGGCAAGCCAAGCUCUCAUCCGGGAAGGCUCACUAUGCAACAGAGAAGUUUUCCUUGCUGUCUUGUUGUGCCUCUCAUGCUUGCGCUUGGUUGUUCAUGUUCAUAGAGUUGAAAUAGAAAGUAUAGAUUUCGAUCGUUUUUUGGACGCGUAGAAUUUUGAUAUAUCAAGUAAAACUUGACUCGUGAGACGAGUGAACAACAACAACAAAAAAUAUGUCCGACGCUAAUUGUACACAUGAUGAGAACUGUGAAUGUGAUGUUUUUGGGAGUGUAUGAAUUAUGAUUAUAAUCCACUAGUCAUAGCCAUAGGGAGAUCACGAUUUAGGGACACAUACAUCAAGUCUACUCGAGAGAAAGUGUGCUAUAGGUACAGAGUGAUGAUCAUGUUCACCUGUGUGUGGCGUCUCCGCAGUUUUCUGAUCUGGUCCUUAGAGUAGCUAUCGG